AAAUAGUGAUAGUAUAAAAAGAUGAUGAUGAAUCGAGCAAAUGCGAGAAAGUUAAGUACUUUUCAUGGAUUGAUAUUCAAGAGAAACCUAUCAUCCUCUUCUUACGCCUCACAGAAGCGAUUUUCAGAUAAAAAGUUCUUCAAUUCGAAGCUCGAGGACGGUGGUGUUGUGGUGGAGCGAUUAUGUAGAGCUAAUAGAUUUGGUGAAGCCAUUGAUGUUUUAUGUGGACAGAAGCUUUUAAGAGAAGCUGUUCAACUUCUGGGUCGAGCAAAGAAGCCACCUGCUUCUACUUAUUGCAAUCUUAUUCAAGUUUGCAGCCAAACACGCGCGCUUGAAGAAGGUAAGAAGGUCCAUGAACACAUUAGGACUUCUGGGUUUGUACCUGGGAUUGUUAUAUGGAACCGUAUUUUGGGAAUGUAUGCGAAAUGUGGUAGCUUGGUUGAUGCACGGAAGGUGUUCGAUGAAAUGCCGGAGAGAGAUGUUUGUUCGUGGAAUGUAAUGGUUAAUGGGUAUGCGGAGGUUGGGUUGCUUGAGGAAGCGAGAAAGCUGUUUGAUGAAAUGCCUGAAAGAGAUAGUUAUUCGUGGACGGCUAUGGUUACGGGUUAUGUUAAGAAGGAUCAGCCUGAAGAGGCAUUGGUUCUGUAUAGUUUGAUGCAAAGAGUACCGAAUUCCAAACCCAACAUUUUUACAGUUUCCAGUGCGGUGGCUGCUGCUGCUGCGAUUAAAUGUAUCCGUAGAGGGAAAGAGAUUCAUGGGCAUAUCGUUCGAGCUGGUUUGGAUUCAGAUGAGGUGCUCUGGAGUUCAUUGAUGGAUAUGUAUGGAAAAUGUGGUUGUAUUGAUGAAGCAAGAAACAUCUUCGAUAAGAUAAUUGACAAAGAUGUUGUUUCAUGGACAUCAAUGAUAGAUAGAUAUUUCAAGUCUAGUAGAUGGCGAGAAGGGUUUUCUUUGUUUUCUGAGUUGGUAGGUUCUUGUGAACGGCCUAAUGAGUACACUUUUGCUGGAGUUUUGAACGCUUGUGCUGAUCUCACAUCAGAAGAGCUAGGGAAGCAAGUUCAUGGAUACAUGACAAGAGUUGGGUUUGAUCCCUACUCUUUUGCAUCAAGCUCUCUUGUAGACAUGUACACGAAAUGUGGAAACAUUGAGAGCGCAAGACAUGUUGUUGAUGGAUGUCCUAAACCCGAUUUAGUUUCUUUGACUUCUUUGAUCGGUGGGUAUGCCCAGAAUGGGAAACCUGAUGAAGCCUUGAAGUAUUUCGACUUCCUCCUCAAAUCCGGCACGAAACCUGAUCAUGUAACCUUUGUAAACGUCCUCUCCGCUUGUACUCAUGCCGGGUUGGUCGAAAAAGGACUCGAAUUCUUCUAUUCCAUAUCAGAGAAACACGGGUUACUGCAUACUUCUGAUCAUUACACUUGUCUUGUUGAUCUAUUAGCUCGGUCUGGAAGAUUCGAACAGUUAAAGAGCAUCAUUAGCGAAAUGCCGAUGAAACCGAGUAAGUUUCUAUGGGCUUCCGUGCUCGGUGGGUGUAGCACUCACGGAAACAUUGACCUAGCAGAGGAAGCGGCUCAGGAACUGUUCAAGAUAGAACCGGAAAAUCCUGUUACUUAUGUUACAAUGGCUAAUAUCUAUGCUGCAGCAGGUAAAUGGGAGGAAGAAGGGAAAAUGAGAAAGAGAAUGCAAGAAAUAGGAAUCACCAAAAAGCCUGGUUCAAGCUGGACCGAGAUAAAACGGAAGCGUCACGUAUUCAUAGCAGCGGAUACUUCACAUCCAAUGUAUAACCAAAUAGUUGAGUUCUUGGGUGAAUUGAGGAAGAAGAUGAAAGAAGAAGGGUAUGUUCCCGCUACAAGUCUUGUAUUGCACGAUGUAGAAGAUGAACAAAAAGAAGAGAAUCUUGUGUAUCAUAGCGAGAAACUUGCUGUUGCGUUUGCGAUUCUAUCGACAGAAGAAGGAACGGCGAUUAAGGUGUUUAAGAACUUGAGGUCUUGUGUGGAUUGUCACAGUGCUAUUAAGUUCAUAUCGAAAAUCACAAAGAGGAAGAUAACCGUAAGGGACUCUACUCGGUUUCAUUGCUUUGAGAAUGGACAAUAAGACCCAUAUAUGUUCUAUACUUGGACUAUUACUUAUGGUACAAGAUCUCCUUUAGGUGUUCCUCAACAGGUCAUUCUUAUCAAUGGACAGUUCCCUGGUCCAGCGAUUGAAGCGGUCACAAACAACAACAUUGUUGUUAAUCUCAUUAACAAGCUCGACGAGCCAUUCCUCAUUACCUGGAAUGGAGUGAAGCAGAGGAGGACAUCGUGGCAAGAUGGAGUAUUGGGAACAAACUGUCCGAUCCAACCAAACUCGAACUGGACUUACCAGUUUCAACUUAAAGACCAAAUCGGUACUUACACUUACUUCGCUUCCACGUCGAUGCACCGAGCCAGUGGUGCUUUUGGUGCUCUCAACAUUAACCAGAGAGCUGUUAUUACGACUCCUUAUCCAACACCCGAUGGAGAUUUCACCCUCCUCGUCUCUGACUGGUUCUCAAAUAUGACCCACAAGGACUUGCGAAAAGGGCUCGACGAAGGCUCUGUUCUUCCUCUUCCUGAUGCUCUUCUCAUCAAUGGAGUUUCUAAAGGUUUAAUCUUUACCGGUCAACAAGGUAAAACAUAUAUGUUCCGGGUAUCGAAUGUCGGUAUAGCGACAUCGAUAAAUUUUAGGAUUCAAAAUCACACAAUGAGCCUCAUUGAAGUAGAAGGCGCUCACACUCUUCAGGAGAACUAUGAGUCGCUUGACGUCCACGUUGGUCAGUCCAUGACCGUCCUGGUCACUUUAAAAGCUUCUGUGAGGGACUAUUUCAUCGUGGCCUCAACCCGGUUUACUAAACCGGUACUAACCACAACCGCGAGUCUCCGUUACCAAGGCUCCAAAAACGCUGCAUAUGGCCCCCUCCCCAUUGGUCCUACUUACCAUAUCCAUUGGUCUAUGAAACAAGCAAGAACCAUAAGGAUGAAUUUGACGGCAAAUGCUGCAAGGCCAAACCCACAAGGAUCAUUUCAUUACGGGACUAUACCGAUAAACAGAACUCUAGUCCUAGCCAAUGCGGCCACAUUGAUCUACGGGAAACUUCGGUACACAGUAAACCGAAUAUCAUACAUCAAUCCAACAACACCAUUAAAACUCGCCGAUUGGUACAACAUCUCGGGCGUGUUCGAUCUCAAGACAAUCAUUAGCACUCCUACAACCGGACCCGCUCAUUUUGGUACAUCGGUCAUCGAUGUUGAACUUCAUGAGUUCGUCGAAAUCGUUUUCCAAAACGACGAAAGAUCAAUUCAAUCUUGGCACAUGGACGGUACUAGCGCCUAUGCUGUCGGAUACGGAUCAGGAACAUGGAAUGUGACCAUGAGGAAACGUUACAACUUGGUUGAUGCUGUUCCAAGACACACUUUUCAGGUGUAUCCGUUAUCGUGGACAAGCAUAUUGGUGUCAUUGGAUAACAAAGGAAUGUGGAAUCUAAGGUCACAAAUAUGGUCGAGGAGGUAUUUAGGACAAGAGCUUUAUGUUCGUGUUUGGAACGAUGAGAAGUCUCCCUACACUGAAGCUGAACCGCCUCUUAACGUUCUUUAUUGCGGCAAAGCCAAACGUCCCCUUUAGAGAUUUUUUUUCUUUCACAUUUAUCAUUGUUAUCUUUUCUACUGAAUUAGGUCACAAUUAAGUGGAGUGGAAAAAAAAUACAAACGUAGUCAAAAC